UGCAUCGUGACGGUCAGACACGCUCUCAUUUGGCGACGUCAGGCCUUGUCCCCAGUCAUGCGUAUUGGGCUUGUUAUUGGGUUGGUUGUUAUGAGUGAACGAGGCCUCGGACUAAAUUAGGAGAGAAACCCCCCCACCCCCCCUCCCCUCCACCGCGGCUGCCCCGGGACAUCCGCCAUGGAGGGCAUGGAUUUAGAUCUGGACCCGGAGCUCAUGCAGAAAUUCAGCUGUAUGGGAACUACCGACAAAGACGUCCUCAUCUCCGAAUUCCAGAGGUUACUGGGCUUUCAGCUCAAUCCUGCCGGCUGCGCCUUUUUCCUGGAUAUGACCAACUGGAAUCUGCAGGCAGCCAUUGGGGCAUAUUAUGAUUUUGAGAGCCCAAACAUAAAUGCCCCAUCAAUGUCGUUUGUGGAAGAUGUCACAAUAGGGGAGGGGGAGUCUGUCCCCCCCGACACACAGUUCACAAAGACGUGGAGGAUACAAAACACAGGGGCAGACGCCUGGCCCCCAGGGGUGUGCCUAAAGUAUGUGGGCGGGGACCAGUUUGGGCACGUGAACAUGGUGACAGUGCGUUCGUUGGAGCCCCAGGAGAUCUCGGACGUCAGCGUGCAGAUGCACAGCCCGGCCAGCUCCGGCAUGUACCAGGGCCAGUGGAGAAUGUGUACUGCCACUGGCCUCUUCUACGGAGAUGUGAUCUGGGUGAUCCUGAGCGUGGAGGUGGGCGGGCUCCUGGGCGUCACGCAGCAGCUGUCCUGCUUCGAGACGGAGUUCAACACGCAGCCGCAUCGUACCGUGGAGGGUGACUUCAACCCCUUUGCCUCACCGCAGAAGAGCCGGUGCGAUUCUGCCGACGAGCUGCUCAAGGGCCCCGCCGACCACAUCCAGCCGGACCGAAACGGGCUGUCCCACAGCCCUGUAAACAUCACGCCAAAUGCUCUGCAGAGCAACUUAUCGGUAGUGACUUAUGGCCAGGGUUUUCAUGGGCCCUACCCUUUUGAACAGUCUUAAAGGCUGGUAAUCAUCUUGGCUGACCAAAGCUGAGGUAUUGACCUUUCAGUGGGAGGGUGCUCACCCCUGUGCUUGGGGGACCCCCUCCCUGAACCACUACCCGCCCCCCACCCAACCAAACCAUUGAUGAAACCUGAAGACAAGCCUGCUGUGGUCCACCCCCUGCGAGGGUCCGCCUGCGUGAGUUCUGGGGGGGUACGCAGACACAUGUCACAGUCGGUAAUGGGAAGCGUGGCACGGGGGGGGGGCAACAAGCUGACACUUCAUUUGCCCUUUGAGAAAACAAUAAUUUUUUUAAUGGAUGUUUUAAUGUAUUGAAUCUUAUCACUGCUCUUUAUAUAUUUUGAUAAUAAUUGCACAGUGUAUACUAUUUGGGGCGGGGAAAGCCAUGAGGGCUGUAACAGGUAUUCUGUAGACUCGUGCGGCCUUUGUUUUGGUUGAUUUCGUAAUUGGAUCCCUUAUUGAUAUUAUCUCUUUAAAAAUGGCAUAUGCACUGCUAGUACUUAAAUGCCUAAGGAAGGUUAAGGCAAAUUAAACUGUCAAAGUUCAGUGGGGAAUACUAUUGAUCCAAAAGCGGAACUGGUCUGACUGGUGAUGGAGCUGACCAGGGAAAGCUCGAUGUGUUUUCCCCACGAACAUAUCCCAGACCACUUCCUGCCGGUCUGCUGAACCGGUUGGCUUUAAGGGGGGGUGGGGUGGGGGGGCUUUGUCGCAGUUCAUAUGGUGCUGUAUCUGCAGCUGCAGAAGUUUACACGCGAUCACAUUGCACUCAAGUGAGGAAGGACUCCUGGAUGUUGGAGCCACCGUCAGUCUGACGGACGUCAGCGUUUCCCGCGUAGAGGAAGUCCUCGCUUCGGCGAGCACCGUGGGCAGCCUGCAGCGUUUCCCUGCCAGGCCUGGCUAAUGUUUGGCGCGCAGUUUAGGGUAAGACCAGGCUGGGUUGGUUCCUCGAUUCCUUAGUAAAGAUCUAUGGCGUGGUGCGUCCUGGGAGACGACUGUGGGUCUCGUACGCUGGAUGUUGAGAGCCGGAAGCCAGACCCGGUGACGCGAGAGCAGUCCAAAGAUCACCUGACUUGAACACAGUAGCUCACCGACUGGCGUUCUGGAGGCCGUGCGGCCAGUCGGACGCUAAUGCUGGCAUCUCAUCCAAGCGCUUUUCUGUACAUAGUAGGAGUUCUGUUUGUUUGGUUUGAAAGGUAAUUUGAGACUGCGAAUGAUAAUUUCUUUUCUUAUUAUACUCUGAAGGUCCCGUGAGAGGUUUAACCUACAGUGUGCAUUACUACAGAGUGAAGUAUUGAGUGUGACAUGCGAGUUGAAGGAAUCCUUUUAAAUUCAGCACCAGCUUUUAGAGAUGUUAUAAAUUAUUGCAGAAUUUAUAAUAAUAAUACACAGUAUAAGCCAUAUCCAAGUUGUAUUACCGUUAAAACUGAGGCUUUGUUUUCUGUUCCACCCUCAGCUUCAAUACGUGCCGUAACUAAGAAAUCAAAAAUAUGUUUAGUGUACCAGAGUUGAACUUGCUCUCCAUUUGACUUCUUGUGAAAAAUAUUGUAAUCCACGUUCUUGCAUUUAGCUUCUGUGUUGCACAGCUGUACUUGUACUAACUUCUUCAUUUGCAUCUACAAGCUGUGCUUAUUCAUCCCAAAGAGUAUACACUGGCCUUCCUGAUCUUCUGCUUUGUUUGGGUUUUUUUCUCCCCUUUCAUUUCACCAAAUUGCAAACUGCAUACUAACUGCAAAUUGUUUGACUCCUUGCCCAGUGUCUGUAGUUAAUUAACCCCUCUUCGCCCCCAACCAAAUGUUCUCUGGCUCACCAUGGCUGAGCUACAAUGGAUGAUAAAAGUUGCUGUGGGGUUUGAGGGGGGGGGGUAUUUCUGAGCAAAGCAACGUGAUUCUUCAUGUCUGUAAAGAUGAAUGUUGUAUGAUUCAUUUAACACUGAAAUGACUACAAAUGUACAUGGAUCAGCAAGCUGCCUGUUUUUUUGCUUGUGUGUCAGUUUGGGGAGUAUGGUUAAUUACAGUGUGUGUAAUGGUAUACGAAGAUUAAAAUAUUUAUGCAUUU